AUGGCCUCUCCGGCCGCCAGCCCGGACUCCUCGUCCCACGAGGGGCCCUCGGCCCCCGGAGGGUCCCCAACGUCCGACUCGGAGAACCUGAGCCCGGACGAGCUGGAGCUGCUGGCCAAGCUGGAGGAGCAGAACCGGCUGCUGGAGGCCGACUCCAAGUCGAUGCGCUCGGUGAACGGCUCGCGGCGCAACAGCGGCUCCUCGCUGGUGUCCAGCUCCUCGGCCUCGUCCAACCUCAGCCACCUGGAGGAGGACACCUGGAUCCUCUGGGGCCGCAUCGUCAACGAGUGGGAUGAGUGGAGGAAGAAGAAGGAGAAGCUGCUCAAGGAGCUGAUCCGGAAGGGGAUCCCGCACCAUUUCCGGGCCAUCGUGUGGCAGCUGCUGUGCAGCGCGGCCGAGCUGCCGCUCAAGGCGCAGUACUCGGAGCUGCUGCGGAUGUCGUCGCCCUGCGAGCGCCUGAUCCGCCGCGACAUCGCCCGCACCUACCCCGAGCACGACUUCUUCAAGGGCCAGGACAGCCUGGGCCAGGAGGUGCUCUUCAACGUCAUGAAGGCCUAUUCCCUGGUGGAUCGGGAGGUCGGAUAUUGCCAGGGCAGCGCCUUCAUCGUGGGACUGCUGCUGAUGCAGAUGCCGGAGGAGGAGGCGUUCAGCGUCUUCGUGCGGCUGAUGCAGGAGUACCGGCUGCGCGAGCUCUUCAAGCCCAGCAUGGCCGAGCUGGGGCUCUGCAUUUACCAGUUCGAGUUCCUGCUGCAGGAGCAGCUGCCGGAGCUGAACGUGCACUUCCGCUCGCAGAGCUUCCUGACCUCCAUGUACGCCUCGUCCUGGUUCCUCACGCUCUUCCUCACCACCUUCCCCCUGCCCGUGGCCACGCGCGUCUUCGACAUCUUCAUGUACGAGGGGCUGGAGAUCGUGUUCCGUGUGGGGAUGGCCCUGCUCCAGUUCAACCAGGCCGAGCUGGUCCAGCUGGACAUGGAGGGGAUGUCCCAGUACUUCCAGAAGGUGAUCCCGCACCAGUUCGACUCGUGCCCGGACAAGCUCAUCCUGCGCGCCUGCCAGGUCAAGUACAACCCCAGGAAGAUGAAGAGGCUGGAGAAGGAAUACGCUGCCCUCAAGAGCAAGGAGAUGGAGGAGCAGAUCGAGAUCAAGCGGCUCCGCUCGGAGAACCGGCUGCUGAAGCAGCGCAUCGAGACCCUGGAGAAGGAGAGCGCGGCCCUGGCCGAUCGCCUCAUCCAGGGCCAGGUGACACGAGCACAGGAGGCUGAGGAGAACGACGUCAUCCGGCGGGAGCUGGCACUGGUGCGGCAACGCUGCAGCUCGGCCACCGAGAGCCUGAGACGGGCACAGAGCACCAUCAGAGAGCUGCAGGUGUGUCAGGGUAACCCCCGCCUGACCGAGGAGUUUGUGGCACACCUGGAGACGGAGCUGGAGCGGUCGCGGCUGCGUGAGAGCGAAACCCUGGGCGCCCUCAAGGAGAUGCAGGACAAGGUCCUGGACAUGGAGAAGCGCCAGCCGCUGCUGCCGGACGAGUCCAGCGUGGUUCGGCUGCAGGAGGAGCUGCAGGAGCUGGCCCUGAGUGACCUGGGGGACACCUGGCAGGUGUGUGGGGGCCGCUGGAAGGAGCCGCGGGCGCUGCACGAGGCCGUGCUGGGGGUGCAGCUGCGCGAGAGCCAGGCCCAGGCGGAACUGAGGGCGCUGAGACAGCGCGUGCUGCACCUGGAGACACAGGGCCGGAUCCAGCGCUCGGUGCUGGGCCGGGCCGAGCAGGCCUGUGCCGGGCUGAGGGAGCAGCUCCGCGCCGCGGCCGCCCAGAGCCAGGGGCUGCAGGCCCAGCUGAGCGAGAGCCACCGCAAACACGCCGAGGCACAGUGCAAGAGCAAGGAGGAGGUGAUGGCCGUGCGGCUGCGCGAGGCCGACAGCAUGGCCGCCCUGGCCGAGAUGCGCCAGCGCGUGGCCGAGCUGGAGAUCCAGCGGGAGGAGGGACGGCUGCAGGGCCAGCUGGAGCACUCGGACGCCGCGCAGUACAUCCGGCACCUGCGGGGCCACAUCAGCGAGCUGAAGGCCGAGAUCCGGCUGCUGCGGGGGCCGCUGUCCUUUGGCGCGGUGGCCUUGGGGACACGCCUGGGGGACGAGGACUCGCUGGGCUCGUCGGAUGAGGAGCUGCCACCGCCCUUCGCCCUGACCCCGGGGGACAUCGGGGACAUCGGGGACAGCAGUGACAGCGAGCCUGAGGUGACACCCCCAGCACAGUGACCCAAGGGGACACCGGGGACACUGGGGCCUGCCCGAGGUGGCACCAACGGCGCCGUGACCCACAAGGGACACCGGGGACAUCGGGGACGGCCGGAGGGGUCACCCCCAGCACAGUGACCUGUGGGGACAUUGGGGACUGCCUGAGGUGGCACCAACAGCACCGUGACCCGUGAGGACAUUUGGGGACAUCGGGGACAGGCUGGGGCCACCCCAGGGACCCUCAGGGACAUCGUGGGGAGCUGCCAGGCCCAGCCCAGGGACACCGGGGGACAAUGGCACACCUGUGGCACAUCCCAGGUCCCUGUGGCACUUUAGGGACACCUGUGACAAGCAGGGGACAUCGAGGGGCUCUGAGGGGACACUGAGGGACAGCGAGAUCCCGGGAUGUGGAUCCCAGAGCUGGCGCCCUCCUGGCUGCUGUGGGACCCCCAAGGACGGGACCGGUUUGCCCUGGACCCCCUGGCUGGAUCCCAGAUCCCAAACGGAUCCCGAACCCCUCUGGACUGCUUGGAUGGAUCCCAGAUCCCAAACGGAUCCCGGGCUUGGAACCCCCUCCUGAAUGGAUCCCGGAUCCCAAAUGGAUCCCAGGCCCCUCUGGACUGAUCUCCUGGACAGAUCCCGGACUCUGAACCCCUCCUGGGC